UCCCGUGACUUGGUUUUCCCUUUCUCUGCCGUUUUCCCUCUCUAGUCUCCCCGUCGCCGAUAUUGUCCAAAUAAAGCUCGGCUCUGUUCAUCCUCUGAAAAAACUACAAUCUCUCGAGCAUUCUUAUGCGUACACAUAAUUUUGAUCUCUCGAGCUUGAUUCUGCUGUGUGGAUGUGAUCAUAGAUGAACUGGACCAGGAGUUUGCGUUUUUUGUCAAAUACUGUUCGCAAAUGCAUCGGAGAAGAUUGCCGCGCCAGGAGUUCGCGUCGGCCACUGCGGAGCAUUGCGCCUACGUAUCGUCAUUUCGGAAGAAGGUUUGAGAACGAUGAUUAUCCUCUUUUAGAUAGGAGAUUCCUGGCGCAGCUCUGGGAAGCAGAUAGGAAGCUGGAAAGAAGUAGAGAGAAACGGAAACGGAUAUCGGGUGGACAUGGAAAUCGAAAGCGGAUUUCGCAUUAUAAUCACAGGAAUCUGUUAUUUGAGCGCCCGUUUGGGAAAUCGACCUCGGAUGCUGCUUUUGCAGAAGGGAAAGUAUGGAAGCAACCACCUCCAAGUCAAUCUGUCUCCGGUGUUCUUGAGCCACAUUCUCCCGAGGAGGUCCAAGUUGCACCUCUUCUUGCUAGGUCUAAUCUGCUUAUUACUAGGGAUAUAGAGUGGGCAAAUCUGGUACUUGGAUUUGAGCAGGAAAAUCGUUAUGCUAUAGUAGACGUGUGCUAUCCCCAGUCGCCAGUUGGGUUUAUCCGGGAGCAAAGUAACAUCAUUGCUAGACAGUUGCUCCGCCUGAGGCGCCCUUUUGUGGCAUAUAUUACAGAUGCAAUGGGUAAUGAACUUUUCAGGGUCCGACGGCCCUUUUGGUGGAUAACCAGUUCUAUAUAUGCUGAAGUUGAUGGUAAGGAAAUUGGUGUGGUUCAUAGACGAUGGCAUCUCUGGAGGAGGGUGUAUGAUCUGUACCUUGGGAACAAGCAGUUCGCAACAGUCGAAAAUCCUGGCUUUUGGAGUUGGACCUUCACAUUAAAGGACAUUGAUGGGGAAGUGCUAGCUGAGAUAGAUCGUGACUGGAGAGGUUUUGGCUUUGAGAUCUUUACUGAUGCUGGUCAGUACGUUAUUCGUUUUGGUGCUUCUGACCCCGUCUCAAGGACUGGCCCUGCUAGAGGAGUUCAAGAGCUGGAAGUCGCCCGACAUCUUACUCUUUCAGAGAGAGCUGUAGCCGUUGCUCUUGCUAUUUCACUUGAUAAUGACUAUUUCUCAAGACAUGGUGGCUGGUAAGUGGGGACUUCCUUUCAUUGCCGUCGGUGAGUAGAUUUGGUCUGCUGAACACUCUUCUGGAUCUCUGGGGUUUCUCCAUUUUAAGGUGUUUCCGUAUAUAUGUUUUGGUCCCUAAUUGAGUUGUUUAGAAUCUAUUGUUAAAAAGUUUUAGUUUAGUCUUUUAUGUUUUAAUAUUUUUCAAUUUAGUUACUGAUUAUUGAUAAAUGUUAAAAUUGAUCGAUGAUAAAUUUACAUGACAUAAUAUUAGGUGAAUUGAUAGAAAUAUAGAGGAUAAGUGUCAUCUAAGAGAGGAAAGUUUCUGAUUCUUCCCUCAAAUUUAUCUUAUAAAUUUGAGUAUUCUUCCUUGAUUGA